AUGGACAACGCGGCUAAUAAUCGAAGGGCGGCAGACAUUUUGCGCGACGAAUACCCAGGCGUCUUCUUCAACAACUGCGCCGCGCAUGUACUCGACCUCAUGCUUCACGAUUUCGGGAAAAUUCGUGCGGUGAAGCGGGUCAUUAGCCAGGUGAACCGCGUGGUCAUGAUGGUGAAGGCAAGCGCCUCCGCCGUCACUCUCUUCCAUGAGGUCUUUAGCGAGCUUGCAUUGGUGCGGCCUGGUGCAACGCGGUUUGGCACGCACGUCAUCAUGCUCGCCCGAUUCCUCGAAGUAAAGAGGUCGCUGCGGCAGAUGGUCAUAAGUGAGGAGUGGGAGGAGAUUGCGGUGGCAAAGCAGCCGGAGGGGAAGGCGGUCCGACACCUCCUCUUGGAUGCGGUGCUUUGGGAUUGCGCAACGGCGGUGCUCCGCAUCAUGCAGCCCGUGUAUGACGUCCUGCGGGUCGUCGACACGCGGGCUCUAGUCAUGGGGCAAGUGUAUGGCCUCAUGCUAGAGGCCACGGUAAAGACCAACGAGGCGGCCCAGGCUGGAGCCGCCAUGUUUGUCAAGCGCACAGAACUGCUGUUGGCAAAGGACAAGCCCGCAUUCCUGGCGGAAAUCAAGGCUAUCCUAGCCAAGAGGUGGGACGGACAGCUGCAUAACCCACUGCACGCUCUCGGGUGGCUCCUCAACCCCCGCAAUCAGUACGUGGAUGAAGUGCGGGAGGAUGAGGAGGUGAGGACUGGGGCGGAGGCGGUCAUCCAAGCACGGGUGAAGGAUGUCGCCCAGCGCACCCUCCUCCACGCGCAGUUGGCUCAGUUCCACAAGGGCGAGGGGCGGUUGGGGUCACCCGACGCACGGUGGGCUGCAAAGGUCUUGGUGGAGGGGGGCCGCCUGACGGAUGCUGAAUGGUGGUGGAUGUAUGGCGGGGAGGUGCAGGCGCUGCAGGCGCUGGCAGUGAUGUCGCUGUCACAGCCGGUAACGUCAUCCGAGGUGGAGCGUUACUGGUCCUCGAUUGCUCGUGUGCAAAGGCGUGACCGUAACCGCAUCUCCGCCAAGAAGAUGACGGACGUGACUUAUGUCGCGUUCACGAGGAGGGCGCGGGACACCUUUGACAGGAAGCAGAAGGUGAGGGAGAAGCUCUACGCCGAUCUGAGCAACGGCACCCUCAAGGAAGGGAGUGUCCUCGCUCCGGCAGAGGCAGAGGCGGAGGAAGAGGGGGAUGAUGAGGAGGAGGGAGAGGUGAAUGUGGGAUGCACCAUUGACUGGGAUGAAUUCGGGCAGAUUGGCAAGAAGAAGAAAAGGGUGGGUGAGAGCUCCAAAAGGAAGAGGAAGGGCAAGGCGACCAAGCCUUGCAAAGGUAAGGGGAGAUCUGCGGCUGCGCGUGAGGAUGAGGAGGAGGCGGCGGCGGACAGCAGUGGCGAUGAGGAGGAGGAGGCGGCGGACAGCAGUGGCAAUGUGGAAGAGCAUGUGCCCACCACCAGGAGGACUCGAGCGGGCGAGGAUCCGUGGGACAUUAGUGAUGGCUCGAGCGGGGAAGAAUCGGAGGAGGAGGAGAAUGAGGGGGAGGAGGAGGAGAAUGAGUAG